AUGAAUGUUGAAUGUAUUUUUUCGGAGUAUGGAUAUGAUCCACAAGUUGAUUUGGAUAGUGUUCUUAAUGGUACUGGUAAACAUUUUAAAUCGUUUAUUAGUUUUGUCAAUAAAAAUCAAUGGCUUCCACAAGUAUUCUCUGCUUUCAUGUUUUUUUGGUUAACAGCUUUCAUAAUUGGCUUAAGUGAAUUAGUUCUUGCUGGUGUCUAUGUACGUUAUUAUUGGGAUAAACAACGAUUUGGUGUUCCAUGUUUAUCAUUAGGUCAAUCUUUAUUUCGUGCAAUUGUAUUUCAUCUCGGUACAAUUGCAUUUGGUUCAUUAAUAAUAGCCAUUGUUAAAUUAAUUCGUUUAUUAUUAGAAUACGUCGAAAAUAAAGUUAAAGAUAAAACAGGAAAAUUUGCUCGUUGUCUAUUUUGUUGUUGUCGUUGUUGUUUAUUUUGCUUGGAAAAAUUCUUAAAAUUUCUUAAUCGAAAUGCUUAUAUUAUAACAGCAAUAUAUGGAUCAGGUUUUUUUACAUCAGCACGUCGAGCAUUUAAAAUAAUUAUUUCAAACCCAAUUCGUUUACUUGUUAUUGAUAAAGUAUGUGAUUUUCUUAUAUUUCUUGGUAAAUUAUGUAUAACAGCUGGUAUUGGUAUUCUUGCUUUCUUCUUUUUUACUCAUCGAAUAGCACAAGCUGAAAACUAUGUACCUGAAUUAAAUUAUUAUCUUAUACCAUUAUUGUUAAUUAUUAUUGGUACUUAUAUUAUUGCAAAAUGUUUUUUUUCAGUUUAUUCAAUGGCGGUUGAUACCAUAAUGCUUUGUGCAUUAGAAGAUCUAAGAAUGCAAGAAAAGAACAAAAAUCAUCAGGUGAUGAUGUCCAAAAACUUGAGAAAAGUAUUUCGAGUUAAAAAAAAUGACUAA